GGGCCCCGCUGUCCGUGAGGGGAAGAAGGCGGAAGUUGCGGGAGAGAGGAAGGCGGGCGGGCGGGCGUUCGCGGUGCGCGCAUGCGCCGAUCUUCAUGGAGCGCCGAGGGGCUCCGAGGGACGGAGGGCGGCCCAGGUUUUGGGUGAAGUAACUCUGAAGGAGGAGUAGGGAAACGACGUCCAGGGUGAGGUUUUCUGAUGCAUAACCGACUAAAGAAAUGAAGGGCAGGCAGCAGAAAACGUCAGAGACAGAAGAGGGAACAGUUCAAAUCCAGGAAGGAGCAGUAGCGACAGGUGAAGAUCCCACCAGCGUGGCCAUUGCGAGCAUCCAGUCGGCGGCCACCUUUUCAGACCCUAACAUCAAAUAUGUCUUCCGAGCAGAGAAUGGAGGCACUCAGCUGAUGUACAGAGUCAUACAGGUGGCCGAGGGGCAGCUGGAUGGGCAGACGGAGGGCAGCGGGGCCAUCAGCGGCUACCCUGCAACGCAGUCCAUGACCCAGGCUGUCAUCCAAGGAGCGUUUACGAGUGAAGAUGCCGUCGACUCUGAAGCUGCGGCCACCGAGACCCACUACACCUAUUACCCGGCCACCGUGGCCGACACCAGCACCUCUGCCGGAGCAGGGACGACUGCCGUGGUCACCACGCAGAACUCGGAUGCCCUUCUGGGACAAGCUACGCCCACCGGCACAGGCCAGUUUUUCGUCAUGAUGUCACCCCAGGAGGUGCUACAGAGUGGAACCCAGCGGUCAAUUGCGCCUCGGACUCACCCUUAUUCCCCGAAGUCAGAAGCUCCACGGACAACGCGGGACGAGAAGCGUCGGGCACAGCACAACGAAGUGGAACGCCGGCGCAGAGACAAGAUCAACAAUUGGAUUGUGCAGCUGUCCAAGAUCAUUCCGGACUGUUCGAUGGAGAACACCAAAUCUGGACAGAGCAAAGGAGGGAUCCUCUCCAAAGCUUGCGACUACAUUCAGGAAUUAAGACAGAAUAACAUCCGUCUUUCCGAGGAACUGCAGGGCCUGGACCAGCUCCAGGUGGAUAACGGAGUCUUGCGACAACAGGUCGAGGAUCUGAAGAAUAAAAACCUGAUUUUGCGAGCGCAGCUCCGACAGCACGGCGUGGAGGUGAUCAUCAAGGAAUCCCACUGAACGAACACCCACCUACCGGCAGGGAGGGCCUCGCUCAAGACACGGACACCCACCGCCCCCCCCUCUCUCGGGCACAGCAGGAAGCCGCGAUGCCCAGCUGCACCGGUGCUUCCAAGCCUUCCCUCCUCCCCCUCUUCUCUCUCUCUCUGGCGCCGGAUCGGAAUGCCGCAUCCCCUUCCUCGGGGCCAGGACUUGGCUGAGGACGUUCGACUUUGCCCUUCUGGGCUCAGCCUUUGGCUUGGCCCUUCGAUCUCUACAAAUGUACUGUUGGUUUGUAGGACCCUAAAAUGAUCCCUCCUCUCCCCCCUCUCCAAGUUGUGUUGACUCUCUCCCAGCCCUGCCAUUUUUGCUGAGCAUUGCCGCCCCCUCGCGCGCUUCCCCGGACGCCCCCUUGCAUGCAACCUCACGUAGUUCCCUUCCAGAGUCCCCUCCUCCCACCCGUGGCACAGAGGCCUCUGGGGAUCGUCCCCCCGCCCCUUCCCGGGCUCUGCUCCCGCCAAGCAAGGGGGGUGGCGCUCUAGGCAGCCCCUCCUGCUUGCCUCCAUUAGCCCAGCCUUCCUUCUCUCCUUGGAUAUGGACUCCGGGAAGGCCGAUGCUCAACGCGCGUUUCCUCAUUGCAGAAAAGACGCGACUUUGCUCGCGGCGCAGAGUGCCAAGGACCGGAGCUGGUGCCGAGCGGUCACUGUCUUCCUCUCUCGAAGAUGAUGCAUCUAACGAUCAGCAUAGUAGUUCUCUCUCUCUCUUUUUCCAUAUAUAUAUAUAUAUAUAUAUAUAUCCUGCGUUUUGGAUGAGAACAACAAAAAAAGGAACCUAAUUAAAAAACUGCCUUGCUGGGUUGA